AUGAAAAGUCGUCUGAACGAUCAAUUUCCACCCCUGACCCCGGCCGUCAAAAAUCCAUCACCGAUCAAAGUUGGAGACACUGCAAAUUUUACCUGCAAUGCCGAAAAUGAAAACGUCACGAAACCAGUCACGUACACGUGGACUAAAAAUGGCACCACUGUGUCACCAGGGACAACUGAACCUGGUGCUCUGCUUUUUUCACCCGUCAAGAAGGCUGAUGAGGGAAAAUAUGUAUGUGUUGCGAAAAAUGAUGCUGGCUCUAAGACAAGCACUGAAGAGGAUUUCGUUGUAUACUUUCCACCCCUGACCCCGGCCGUCAAAAAUCCAUCACCGAUCAAAGUUGGAGACACUGCAAAAUUUACCUGCAAUGCCGAAAAUGAAAACGUCACGAAACCAGUCACGUACACGUGGACUAAAAAUGGCACCACUGUGUCACCAGGGACAACUGAACCUGGUGCUCUGCUUUUUUCACCCGUCAAGAAGGCUGAUGAGGGAAAAUAUGUAUGUGUUGCGAAAAAUGAUGCUGGCUCUAAGACAAGCACUGAAGAGGAUUUCGUUGUAUACUUUCCACCCCUGACCCCGGCCGUCAAAAAUCCAUCACCGAUCAAAGUUGGAGACACUGCAAAAUUUACCUGCAAUGCCGAAAAUGAAAACGUCACGAAACCAGUCACGUACACGUGGACUAAAAAUGGCACCACUGUGUCACCAGGGACAACUGAACCUGGUGCUCUGCUUUUUUCACCCGUCAAGAAGGCUGAUGAGGGAAAAUAUGUAUGUGUUGCGAAAAAUGAUGCUGGCUCUAAGACAAGCACUGAAGAGGAUUUCGUUGUAUACUUUCCACCCCUGACCCCGGCCGUCAAAAAUCCAUCACCGAUCAAAGUUGGAGACACUGCAAAAUUUACCUGCAAUGCCGAAAAUGAAAACGUCACGAAACCAGUCACGUACACGUGGACUAAAAAUGGCACCACUGUGUCACCAGGGACAACUGAACCUGGUGCUCUGCUUUUUUUAACCGUCAAGAAGGCUGAUGAGGGAAAAUAUGUAUGUGUUGCGAAAAAUGAUGCUGGCUCUAAGACAAGCACUGAAGUGGAUUUCGUUGUAUACUUUCCACCCCUGACCCCGGCCGUCAAAAAUCCAUCACCGAUCAAAGUUGGAGACACUGCAAAAUUUACCUGCAAUGCCGAAAAUGAAAACGUCACGAAACCAGUCACGUACACGUGGACUAAAAAUGGCACCACUGUGUCACCAGGGACAACUGAACCUGGUGCUCUGCUUUUUUCACCCGUCAAGAAGGCUGAUGAGGGAAAAUAUGUAUGUGUUGCGAAAAAUGAUGCUGGCUCUAAGACAAGCACUGAAGAGGAUUUCGUUGUAUACUACUCUCCUAGAAUAGACCCAGAGGCCAAAAUGAAGUAUGACGUGGAAGGAGAGAUAGGCAAGGAGGCAUCAUUCGAACUUUUCAUAAUCGCCAAACCGACUCCGGCAACAACUGGUUACAUUUGGUCCAAAGCUGACUUUAAACUUUCAAACUCAUCGUCCAAAUAUGAAAUUACAUCCGGGUCGACGUCGAGCAAGUUGUCAAUCAAAAACGUCACAUCCUCCGAUUAUGAUAACUAUACGUGUUCUGUGCAAACGAGCGGAUUUCAAGCGAUGGUUUUCAAAUUUAAGCUCCUCAAACCAGGGGGCGCGACAAGCCCGACCAUUAUGAUUAGCGUGCUCAAUAUUCAUGAUAGUUGUCAGUUCCACAAUGAAACAUAGGAGGCGGAUAAGAAUGCCGUUGCUUAUAUUUUGUAAAAAGUCAACUAUGCGGCCA